CCACAAUGCAAUGCGUCGCCAUGGAAUGUUAGUGGGAGGAUGCUCUGAGGAAAAAACGGAAAGGCUAAAGUCAGCAUUAAAAAUAGAGCAGAGGUACCACCAUGAGCGCUUCCGAUUUAGUGGCUUGCUUGAUGAUGAUAGCAUGUUUGUUGAGCUAUGCUGAUGGCAAAAAUGAAACCGUAUACUGGAAGAAUAAACAGGUCAACCAUCAUAUUGUUAGCAGGAAAAAGGCAUCUGGGAACACCAAUGUUUUCACUAUAAUCUCAAAGGUGCAUGCUGAUCGGAAUGUGUAUCCAUCUGCAGGGGUCCUAUUUGUUCAUGUGUUGGAGAGAGAGUAUUUUAAAGGGGAGUUUCCUCCCUAUCCAAAGCCUGGUGAAUUAAGUAGUGAUCCAAUAACAUUCAGUACAAAUUUAAUGGGCUAUCCUGACAGACCGGGCUGGCUCCGCUAUAUCCAGCGCACCCCUUAUAGUGACGGAGUGCUGUAUGGAUCUCCAACUGCGGAAAAUGUUGGCAGACCGACCAUUAUUGAGAUAACUGCCUACAACAGACGUACCUUUGAGACAGCAAGACAUAAUCUCAUUAUUAAUAUUAUUCCAGCUGAUGAGUUUCCAUUGCCCUACCAAGUGGAAUUUUUUAUCAAGAAUAUGAAUGUAGAAGAGAUGCUGGCCAGUGAAGUUAUUGGAGACUUCCUUGGAGCAGUGAAAAAUAUAUGGCAACCAGAUCGGCUGAAUGCUAUUAAUAUUACCUCAGCACUGGAUAGGGGUGGAAGAGUCCCUCUUCCUAUUAAUGACUUGAAAGAAGGAGUCUAUGUGAUGGUUGGCGCAGAUGUUGCAUUCUCUUCUUGUCUGCGAGAAGUAGAAAGUCCCCAUAAUCAGCUCAGAUGCAGUCAGGAAAUGGAGCCUGUCAUUACAUGUGAUAAGAAGUUUAGAGCUCAUUUCCACGUCGACUGGUGCAAACUUUCAUUAAUGGAUAACACAAAACGGAUUCCUGUACAUCAUGAAGUGGUUCGUGGAGAAGGAAUAUUACCAGAUGUUGGAGAGUACAGUCCCCCUUCUGAAACACUGAAGAGCCGAGAUUAUUAUUCAGACUUCCUUAUCACACUCGCAGCGCCUUCCGCAGUAGCAGUCGUAUUGUUCUUCAUUCUUGGCUACAUUAUGUGCUGCCGUCGAGAAGGAGUGGAAAAGAGAAACAUGCAAACAUCAGACAUCCAGUUGGUACAUCACAGUUCUAUUCAGAAAUCGACCAAAGAACUUCGUGAGAUGUCCAAGAAUAGAGAAAUAGCUUGGCCCCUCUCAACUCUUCCAGUUUUCCAUCCAGUUACUGGUGAAAUUGUGCCACCACUUCACCCAGACAGCUAUGAUAAUACCAGUGUGCCUCUCAUGCAGACACAACAGAAUCUGCCACAUCAGACUAGGAUUCCUCAACAGCAAAGUGGAGGACAAUUUCGUAUGACAACAUUUCAGCGUUUUGAGGUAAAUGGUAUCCCUGAAGAAAGAAAACUGACAGAAGCAUUAAAUUUAUAAUAUAUAAAAGACCUGUGUUUCUAAUGAUGGUGAGCACAGUGUUGUUGUGACUGUUUAUAAUCUACUUUGCAUGUCAUUAAAGCAGGGGCCAUUUAAAUAUUUUUUAACAUUUUGCAUUUUACUUCAACUUGAUUUUUAUAUCAGUCCACCUUUUACAAAAGCAGAGCAAGGCACAUGGAUAUGAACUUGAACAACAACAUAUAAAAAUGCUAUUAAAUGAGAAGUAUUAUCUCCAUCAAAUGAAGUUCGAGUAAAUAAUGAAAUUAUUAAUUCAGGCAUGCACACUCUGAUAUGAUGGUCAUAAAUAUGGGAAGUUCUAAUAAUUAUAGAAUGUAGAAUUAUGAAGGAAACAAAAAAUCAUACUAAUACAAAACAACAAGUCCAAACACUGUUCAAGAAAGACAAGCUAGAAUCCACCAGGCAAUAAAAAUAACUGCAAAGCAGCAGUCUAAAUGUAUUAAAUAAUGUCACAAAAUCAGUCCAAAAGAAAGCAGCUAGAAAUAUUCAACUAUACCAGCUUGGAGACCAGACCAGACACCAUCCAAAAUAAAGCCAAAGUAGGCUGUUAAGAAUUUUCAUAGAAUUCAUAAACAGUCACACAACAAAAUAAUAGGACUUUCACUGGAGUGCAGCAUCUUCCUGCAAUUCACUACACCACAUCAGUAACAAUAAACCAACAGAAAAUGUUAUAACUCAGUAUCUUCAAAAUUAAAUGAGGAGCAAGUUUGUAGACAGAAUUUCUUAUUGCAGUGCCACAUUGCAUUUAACAAUGGUAGCUGAUCUCCAGUGAUCAAACUUCAAAGCCACCCAUGAGCAGAACCUAGAACUGGAAACUAAUUCACAGCUAAAAACCAAGUUCUUAAUAUGAUGUUAUAAUCACUCCAGACAGUAACAAUGGUGGUUGAGCUUCAUAUUUACAAAGGGUGAAUUUCAGAGCCAUCCGCAAGCUGAAAUUAGAAAUGGAAUUUAAAUCCUGCAAACCAUGCAAAAGCAGCUCAUGCCAGAAGUCAUUACAACUGUGGCAACAAGACUGAAUGGUAAACACUGCAAUGAAGCUAAUGACUUCAAAUAACCAAAGUACGGGGCAACACACAAGACAAGAACAGUGCAAUAAUGUAAUCAAAAAACAGCAGUGAAGGUAAAUGAGAGGCUGUUGGAAAUGCCAACAGAAAUUGAUGACAAAUAAAGCAGCAAGCGACCUUGAAGACUCCACUGUAUAUUAAUUAUCAAAACUCAAGUAAACUGAUGAAUUCUUGGCAUACUCAGAUUGCAAAAACUUAAAAUAAAAGAAUUAUAAACUGCAUUUGUUCUAGGCAGCCAAACCUCUGCCAUCUUGAAGUCAUUGUCUGAUGAAUUGCCUAAAGCAAAACUCCACCUUAAAACUCAAAAAACGGGGUUUUAUUUAAUUGUAUCUUAGCGGAUGAUGGGGUCUGCUUUGGUAAUGUGAUCUUGUUUUCAUUCCUUCUUCCCAGAAUACAUUUCAAGUCCUCUUCAUGUGAGUCAUGCUAGACAUAAGGAAUUGGUGUUGUUUUCUCAUACCAUUAAGACGAAUGGCAGGACUGUGAAGCAUUGUCAUCUAAACACAUUUUCUGUAACAGAGCUACUUCUAUGUUUCCCUGA